UUCACACCCGACCAGCAAGCUCCCCCGGCCUGCUGAGCUGGGAGAAGGGCACCUUUGACUCCCCGCUCUCCUCACCUUUAAAGACUGGGCUCCGGGCGUGGCCGGGUCGCUGUCACAAACCCGCGGGGACAGAACGGCCGCCAUCGCCGCCGCCGGCCACGGAUGGACGGAGGCAGAGAGACGACUCCCCCUCUUCGCACCUUCCCCGCGACGCCCAGCAACAGCGCCACCUGCUCGUCUGGGGAUGGCAACGCAGCCGCCUCAGUGCCGCCCAUUCUCCUCCUCCGGCGGCUGAGGCUGAGUGACUGACCGAUGAGUUCGACGCGCGCGCGCGCGCUUGGUAGACAGCCUCCGUUUCUUAACGUCGGAAGGAAGAAAAUAGGCCUUUUCGGGCUACAUGUUGAAGAACCUUAGGGGAAUGGAAUGCUGGAUAGUAAGCAAGUCAGAUAUUUCAUUAGUAAAUCCUGUCUCUACAUGUCUUUCAUCAAGAGUGCACUACAUGGUUUGUGAGCUUGGAUUUGAGAUAAAAGCAAGCCAUGCUAUUAGUACAAUUCUGUCUGAUAAUGGUGAGGUAUAUUGGAGAACAAUCACAGAACACGUACAGUAUGGAGAACCAGAUCACAAUGUGGAUUAUGUAAGAAGUGUGAGAUCUUUAGGACCUUUGUGUGAAUCUGUCCACUUACAUUUACAAUCUCUCACCAUGAAGCAGUUUACAGAUCAGUUUGUGAUGUGGUUCCAGUGGACAAACUGCUCAGAGAUAUUUAUUGGAAUGUUUGAUACUCUAAAGAGUCCGCACACUGCCACAAUGGCACUCAACUUAAUGAAGCUUACAUCCUGUUUGGAAAGAGCCUUGGGUGAUGUGUUCUUUUUAAUUGGCAAAGAUUGUCCCUUUCUUCUAAGAGACUUGCUUGCAUCUCAAGAACUUGCUAUGAUCUUUGGGCAAUCUGUGAUGGAUGUCCUGAGAGUGUUCAUUGGGUCUCCGGAUGGUCUAAAUCUUCGUAAUAUUUUGUGGCAUGGAUUUGCAUCGCCUCAAGAAAUUCCUGUGAAAUAUUCUUCUAUGUUGCUCUUUUUAACUGUAGGAUUGGGACAAGUGCUAAAGAACUAUCUUCUGCAAACUGCGUCUACUUUAGUCCAUCGACCUUAUAUAGCCUUCACUAACUUGAAGGAGCUGCAUGUUUUUUCAGAUCUUAAUCAUGAACUGUUUUUCUUGGCUGAAGAAUUAGUAAUAAAAUCUAGUAUUGUAUUAAGAACCAUGUUACCCUUUUGGAUUACUGCACUAACCUCGUUCAGACAAAACAGGUAUGCAGACUGUGUUAUUCUUCUACUUCCUCAGCUGGAAAAUGGACUUAGGUUACUUUUCACCACAGUUAAUAAAUGUCCAAGCAGACUACUGACAGCUGAGUCAUCUUCUCUCUACACCACUUUUGAUGAGAUGCUAGCAAAACAGUUGAGUAAUGAAAAAGUCAAUCAGCUUCCUUUAGUUCUUGGUGAACCAGCAAUGGAAUUUCUUUGGGAUUUCCUGAACCACCAAGAAGGUCCACGUGUUAGAGAUCAUCUGAGCCACGGAGAGAUCAGCUUAAAUGACUUCCCAAGAGAAAUAGCAAAUUCAGUACUUGCAUUUUCCAUUACACUUCUGUGCAGAUUUUCCAAGGAUGACAUUGCUAUCAUUAAAGAACAUACAUUCCUCAAACCACUGAUGAGCUGUGCAGAUUGCUAUUCUUCUCAGUUUCAUCCAAUAGCCAAACUUAAAAAACAGGUACUGAAGUGCAUGAAAAGCCUUAAUUUAUGGUCUCAUCUUCCUGUACUGCCAGAAGAGCAAGAGCAAGUUCAAGAAAUAGCAGGGUCAGAAAAAGAUAUUGCUGCUGUUGCUUGUGGUUGUGUGACUGCUGAUAUUUUAUCUCUACUGCAGCCAUAUUUGUCUCCAAAUGUUGGACUUUUAGGUGAUCCUGUAAACAGUCUUUUAACAGAGGAGUUGCUAAUUGAACUCUGCAACAAGCAUGUUCGUAUCCUCUUUUGCCCACGGUCUGUCCUGGAAAUAGUUGUGGUGCUUCGUCAGAUAAGCACACAGUGUCAUCAAGUGCUCUGUCAAGUCAUUUCUACCUGUGAAACCAGAUAUAAGCAGUGGAUAGAUAAGUCACUGAGAUCACGCCAGAGACAUAACUAUCUGCGCCUGAGAAGGAGUAUUAAACUUCUGUUUCCGAUCUUGCAACUAAUCUUAAUCUUGAUUACUCUGGAGCUAAUUAAUAUUCAUACUGCUUGCGAAAAGAAUCCUUCUGAAUAUCAACAAUACCUCAAAUUUCUUAAGUUGAUCUUGCAGUAUGCUGAGAACUUGGUGUCCUACACAAGCCCAGAAAAGAAUAAGUGGGAUGAAACUGUGGAGCUUACUCAUAAAGCUUUGAUAAAAAUCAGAACUUUCUUAGAGGAACAGCUAACACUUGUGCAAUUAGCUGGGUAUUCUCCUCACAUGUGAUGUUUUCUUCAGUGGAUGUUUCUGCCCCACCCACCCUGGCCAAAAUGAGGAAUUAAGUCUUCAGUUCCCCAGUCUUCGCAGCCCUGCAAAUCUGAACUGAUUAUUUAUUACUGCGUCUGCAGGAACAUGUAAACAUGUUUAAUACUGAACAUACAGCUGCUACACCCCUCUGUUAAGGAGUUAAUGGCAACUAGGCAUUGGAUCAAGUGAAAUCAAAAGCUGUCAGAAAUGGAUAGGAAAUGUCAAAUGCUAUAAACAAUACCUGUUCUACAUGCUGCAGUGCUUUGCUUUUCUCAUACUGCAUUGGAAUAAAAUGUUUAAAACCAAUAAAAUAUAAAACGAA